AUGAGCCUGAAUGGGGCAUCGCCUGCCCUUUGUUCGGGCGUCGGUGGGGGAGGCCGCGAUGCUGACCCGAGCAGCGUAGGGAUGAUGGAGGGGGCGUUCUUUGUGAGUCGAACGGAGCUUCUGGACUGGCUAAAUAAUACUCUCGGCCUCAGUCUUACACGCGUGGAGCAGUGCGCUUCAGGAUGCGUAUAUCUUCAGGCGCUGGACAAUCUGUUCGGGCCUAAGAGCCGAGUUCCAAUGAACAAAGUUAAGUGGGGCGCCAAACAUGAAUAUGAAUUCGUUCACAACUACAAAUUGUUGCAGGCUGCGUUUGACGCACACGAUGUGCACAAACACAUCGAGGUCAACCGCCUUGUCAAAGCCAAGUACCAAGACAACUUGGAGUUCCUCCAGUGGUUCAAGGCCUUCUGUGACCGCCAGGCAGCCCUCUACGCGACAGACGUCCCCUACGAUCCAGUUGAAAGAAGAAAACUAGGGAUUGGACCUUUUCCUGUUUGGGCCCCUGUUGGCGCUGACACGGGCGCUAAGAAGCCUUCUGCUGCAUAUGCCGCAUCCACAGCAGCAGGGAGGUCAGCAGCAGGAGCGCACUCGUCCUCUCGCUGCCGCGUGCAGCAGCAGCAGAAGCAGCAGCACGCAAGUGCUGGUGCAGGAGCAGAGGCUUCUAGCGGCGCUUUGGGCAAGAGGCUGCAUCAGCAGCAGGGGGGGCAGCAGCAGAGGGGUCUCGAGGACGCAGCAGCAGCAGCGGCCGCUGCAGCAGCUGUGGAGACACUGCAGGGGGAACUGCAGCAGGCUGUGUUGGAGCGGGACUUCUACUAUGGGAAGCUGCGCCGCAUUGAAAUAUUGUGCGGUGUGCAGGGGCAGACUUCUUUGAGUGUAGAGGCCGUCCAGGCCAUCUUGUACGCCAAAGACCAUCCGGAAGAACACCCAGAAGCAGCAGGAGGAAACCUCUGA